CAAAAGCAACAAACAUCAAUACUAACUCAGGCGAGCGCCAACGACCAUUACAAUCAACGCCAACAGACGCAAUGCCACAAUCAUUAGCCACAACAAGUGCCAACAACUUUGCGAAAAUAACUGCGAGCACAAUAACGGUGAUGGCUGCGGCGAACACUAAGACUGUAGUUCCGCUCGCCGUCGCCAUGCUGUUUCUGUUUGUGGCCUUCUCAGGGAAUGUGGCUGGUGAGGCAGCAGCGGCGGCGCCGGCCAGCAACACGAAUGACGAGCACUUAAGAAUUAUCGCCGGUGCGGAUUCUGGUGAAGCGACGGCCACAAAAGCCGCAAUUACUUUGGAAAAGCACAUUGGUAUAACUGCACCUGUUGUUGUUGUAACAUCUAUGCCACCAUUGCAGGGCGAUCAGCCGAUGUAUUUGGGUUUCAUGGCGAGCAUGUUGCUCAAUGAUGAGGACGGCAAUGGCAGUGGCGGCGGUAAGGGCACAGACAGCCGGGCCGGCCUUGGGAGGGCAAACGGUGGCGGCAAUUUAGUUCCUAUAAAAUCGGCAGUGGCAGCUGCCGCGUCCGUGGCGGCGAAAGCAUUCAAUGACUCGUUAGCGUUCGCUGUGACGUCGACGGCAGCGUCUGCUUCCACACCCGAAUGGUCGACACACUUGGCAUUUGUCAUGUUCAAAUGUUGCGUUAUUAUACUCAUUAUACUCGCAGCCAUACUCGGCAAUGUGCUCGUAAUUGUGUCCGUUAUGCGGCAUCGGAAAUUGCGCAUUAUCACGAACUACUUUGUGGUUUCGUUAGCCGUGGCUGAUAUGUUGGUGGCCCUGUGCGCUAUGACAUUCAACGCUUCCGUUGAGAUUACCGGGAAGUGGAUGUUCGGUGCCGUAAUGUGCGAUGUGUGGAACAGUUUCGAUGUUUACUUCUCAACGGCGAGUAUUAUGCAUCUCUGCUGCAUAUCUGUGGAUAGAUAUUAUGCGAUUGUGCAACCGCUCGAUUAUCCACUGAUUAUGACGCAGGGACGUGUGUACUUCAUGCUUUUAAUGGUGUGGUUGUUGCCCGCGCUUCUCUCAUUUCUACCGAUCUGCUCGGGCUGGUACACGACGGAGGAAAAUUGGAAAUAUUUAAAAAGCAAUCCACACAUUUGCGAAUUCAAAGUAAACAAGGCGUACGCCAUAGUUAGUUCCUCGAUGAGUUUCUGGAUACCUGGUUUCGUAAUGGUCUUCAUGUACUAUCGCAUUUAUCAAGAGGCUGUACGACAGGAACGGCUUGUCUACAGAUCCAAAGUUGCUGCCCUCCUUCUAGACAAGCAUUUGCAGAUUAGCCAAAUACCCAAGCCUCGACCGAGUAUCCAAGUCGAACAGUCCACCAUUACAACAAUGCGCCGGGAGCGUAAGGCCGCACGCACGCUUGGAAUAAUAAUGAGUGCUUUUCUACUCUGUUGGGCACCAUUUUUCCUAUGGUAUUUAACGUCCACACUGUGCUCUAGUUGCACCACUCCGCGAAUUGUUGUUGGCAUACUCUUUUGGAUCGGCUACUUCAAUUCGGCUUUGAAUCCUAUCAUUUAUGCCUACUUCAAUCGUGAUUUUCGUGGAGCUUUCAAGAAAACACUGAAGUCCUGCUGCCCAUAUGACCUCAUAAAUUGUCGCGUCAGCGCGGGCGCUGACCUGCCGCCAUACAUCAACUCCACCGCCUCCUCCGAAAUACACAUGAACAUUAUACGAACUCGUCAAUACGCCACGUCGUCAUCGAAUCAGCUGCAACCGCUCUACCAGAACUAAAAAUAAAAUUAAGUUUAGGCAAGGGAAGAGGGAAGCGAAGCAGAAAUAAACUCGGCCAAGCCUGGCUAACAGGCCAAAUAACUCCACCAAACAAAAAUAGCAACUAAAGGAGCUCG